GGUGGUGGUGGUGGUGGUGCUGGUGGUGGCACGCCCGCAGCAUGUUGGUGGCAUACAUGGAAAGUAGGUACUCGGGCAUAGAUGGAUAGAUACAUAAAUAUCCUCCCCCGCCCACCCCCCACCAGCCCGUUCGAAUCCGUUCCCUAGAAUCAUCAGCAUCCUCCGCUUGCCCUCUGCAGUCUCUCAGACACAGGCCAGAAUCCCCCGUUCUGUCCUUCGCCGAUAGCUGCUUCAGUCAGCUUCCGCCCUCCUCGAGUUCGACGCUCUUCGCAUCACCACCUUCACAACCACCACCACAACAGUCGUCACGAUGGCCAUCUACCAUGAGAUCGACUACAUCUUUGCUUUGGGCAUGAUCUUCGCCUUCUUGGACGCGUGGAAUAUCGGUGCCAACGAUGUCGCCAAUUCUUUCGCUACCUCGGUGUCUUCUCGGUCCCUCACUUUGGCGCAAGCCAUGAUGAUUGCAACGGUUAUGGAGUUUACUGGUGCUCUCACCGUCGGUGCCCGUGUCUCGGACACCAUUCGGUCCAAGAUUGUUCUCCCCUCGGCCUUCGCUGACCAGCCUGGUGUUCUCGCUUUGGGCAUGCUUUGCGCUCUUAUCGGAUCUUCCACUUGGCUCACCGUCGCCACCUUCAUCGGUCUUCCCGUCUCGACCACUCACUGCAUCGUCGGUGGUGUCAUCGGAAUGGGUAUCGCGACUGUCGGUGUCGACAACGUUGCCUGGGGAUGGAACGACAAGGGUGUCGCUCAGAUCGUCGCCUCGUGGGUCAUCGCCCCCGCCAUCGCCGGAUGUUUCGCUGCCGUCAUCUUCUCGGUCACCAAGUAUGGUGUCCUGAAGCGCUCGAACCCCGUCAAGUACGGAUUCAUCAUGGUCCCCAUCUACUUCGGUAUCACCUCCGCCAUCUUGACCAUGUUGAUCGUCUGGAAGGGAGCUGCUUCCCUCGACCUCGACGACUGGAACGCGGCCCAGAUCUGUGGUACCAUCUUCGGUGUUGCCGGCGCCGUCAUGCUCAUCGUCAUCUUAUUCUUCCUUCCCUGGUUGCACCGCAAGCUCGUGCUCAACGACUGGACCCUGAGGGGCUACCAUGUAUUCCUCGGUCCCCUCCUCCUCAAGCGUGGCCCCGUUCCCGAUGCCCCCGAGGGUGCCAACCUCGACAUCGUCCAGGACUACUACCGCGGACACGCCACCCGUGAAGAUCUCGAGGCUGCCCACAUCAACGAGGACACCAUUAAGGACAUGGAGCACUUCCGCGCUCAGAAGGAGGUCCUCGAGUCCGGCACCCCCGACGACAUCGAGGCUGCUAAGGCUAAGAUCGCUGCCUCCGGUAAGGCGCUCGCCGACGUCGAGAAGAAGGAUGCUGGCCCAUGGUACUUGCCCAAGAACAUCGGAAAGAUGAUGCUCGCCGCUUUCCUUCACGGAGUCACCAAGGACGUCAUCGAGGAGCAGAACCGUGACGGUCGUCUCGCCGGAAACAUGGUCGACAUGCACGCCCGCGCCGCCCACUUCGACAACAAGGCCGAGCACUUGUACUCGUUCCUCCAGGUUCUCACCGCCGCCACCUCCUCGUUCGCCCACGGUGCCAACGACGUCUCCAACGCCAUCGGUCCUCUGUCCACCAUCUUCCUCGUCUGGAACACCGGCACCAUCGCCUCCAAGGCUCCCGUCCCUCUCUGGGUUCUCGCCUACGGAGGAUCCGGUAUCGUCAUCGGUCUGUGGACUUACGGAUACAACAUCAUGCGCAACCUCGGUAACCGUCUCACUCUGAUGUCUCCCACCCGUGGUUUCUCGAUGGAGCUCGGUUCCGCCGUCACCGUUGUCAUGGCCACCCGUCUGUCGCUGCCCGUGUCUACCACGCAGUGCAUUGUCGGCGCCACCAUGGGUGUCGCGCUCUGCAACGGCGACUACCGCGCGCUCAACUGGCGCAUGGUCGCCUGGUGCUACUCGGGCUGGAUCCUGACCCUGCCCAUCGCCGGUAUCAUCUCCGGCUGCUUCAUGGGUAUCAUCAUCAACGCGCCCACGUGGUCCGGUAUGGCCGCCGCUUAAAUCGUCUCGGUCUCUUGUCUGGUCUCUUGUCACACACACCCCCCUCCUCUCUCUCUCGCGAAAGAAAAAAAAGUCAAUUGUACAUUCUUAAUUCUUCAUAUUCUUUUUUUAUCCGGUGGUUUGGGUUCGGUUUCUUUGGAGGGAUAGAUCUUGCUUGCUUGCACGUUGUAGGGAGUGGGUGGGGGAGGCUUUCUCUCGCUUUUUUUUCUUUUUCUUCUUUCUUUCUUUUUUUCUUUUGGUCUUUGACUGCUAGGGUAGGUUGGGUUCGGGUCGGGGUGGUUGGGUGGUUAGUGAAUAGUUCGCAGAAAUGGCUGGAUGGUCGGUCGGGGGAUUUUUGAUUACAC